AUGAUAGACUCGGACACCGUCAUGACACCACCAACAACAGCUGCAACUCCAGUUUCAGAAUCUGAUGUUUUCAAUCCACUUGCAUUUGAUUUCAUUCAUGCUGUCAAUCAGCUGUCAACACUCAUAGGCAGUUCAACAUUUGGUAGUGUAGAUCUUAGUGUACUCCAUCAAGCAACCACAGCUGCCACUAUUACCACUGCAGUCGAUAAAUCCCAAUUACUCGAUACCGUUUCAAAAGCCAUGCUUAAGCCUGAAUGGACACUUAGCGUAGUUCGCUUAUUUAGACCUAUUGUGAUCGACCUUGUUGCUCGUUGGACUCUACCCAGCUUUACCGACUUUUUAGACUCUGCUUCUGCAUCACCUAAUGCAAACAGAACUGUAUAUAAAAUUGAAUUGGUUGCAAAGGCCAUUAGCGUUGUGCUUCCUAUUGUGCCUCAAGUGAAAAGCUUGGCUGUAACAUACUUUAACCAUUCCACCUCUUUAUUCGAGAGACUCAACCAUUUAAAUAACUAUAGAGAAUUAGAGGUGACAUCCUCUUUGACAGCUGAAUUACAAGAUUUGCUGUUAACCACAUACCGAUUGAUUUUUUUUUCAACAUCCACAUUUACACCACUCUGGAACUGGGGACCUUUGGUGCAAUUACUUCAAUUCCAAGAUCCACGUAUUCGCUACAUUACUGUCUUGUGUCUCAGUAAAGUGUAUGGACUGAGCGAUCCCCAAAUCAAGAGCUUAUUGACAUCUGUUGUUGGAGCCGGACACUCCUUGGAUGAAUCUGAUGAGCCUCUUUUUACUACAAUUGAUGGCAAUCGUGUAGAUCUUAGAUUCUUGAGUUUGUGGGAGCAACAGCAAUUAGCAGAUGCUCAGAUUUCUCUUUUACACAACAACUACGACCUGCAGCAGAACCAACAACACAAACUAUCAGAAGGCGAUCUCUGCUCACUUACAUGCAACUUGUGUGGCGUGUUGCUUCCCAAGACAGCCUCUUUGAACAAGCAGGAAACUGCCAAGCACUUCUACGACCCCAAGCUUGUGUUGACCAAGACGACUUCAAAGAACCUGCAUGCUGUCAGUCUUGCAUUAUCUAUUGGAGCACCUACUUUGUUGGAGGGUGUCACCGGCGCAGGUAAAACUGCACUUAUCGAGGAACUUGCUAGCCGAACUGGAAGAGGAUCUGAGCUAGUCAAGAUCCAUUUGGGUGAUCAAACUGACCCCAAAGUAUUAUUGGGUACCUAUGUAUCCACAUCAACACCUGGCUCGUUCCGUUGGCAAGCCGGUGUAUUAACAACAGCAGUAUUGGAGGGAAGAUGGGUUUUGAUUGAAGACAUUGAUUUGGCUCCUGCUGAAGUGUUGUCUGUACUUUUGCCCUUGUUGGAAACGAGACACCUGUUUAUUCCCUCUCGCGGUGAAAAGAUCAAGGCCAAGGAAGGGUUCCAGCUGUUUGGUACAAGAUCCUUUGUGCCUACUCGGUCUGGAAAAGGAAUGAGCUCAAGAGGAGGCGAAUUGAUGACAGGUGCCAAUCUCUGGACUCGUGUCCAUGUGGAGCCUUUAUCUGUGCAAGAAUUGGAAACCGUUGUUCGUCAAAAGUUUACUCAUAUUGGUGAUUUUGCCACUCAUGUCAUGAAGCUCUUUCAAACUGUGGUUGGCAUGUAUCAAGACCCCAAUUUCUCCACUUUGGCGUCCUCGACUAUGGGCAGAUUCCUUUCCACCAGAGAUUUGAUGAAAUGGUGCCAUCGUGUUGAUUUACUAAUCGGCGAGAAACUGAACGAUAGUACCGAAGUUGGUAUGGAUCUCACGCUUCGUCAAGACUUGUUCAGUGAAGCAAAUGACUGUUUCUGUGGCAUGAUUCCUGAUUACAAUGUGUGGAUGACGGUACUCGAGACACUUGGAAGACCCCUUCAGAUUUCAGAGGAAUUAGUACGCAACUAUGUGGAUCAAUACAAACCAGCUCUGGAACAGGAUGAAUCGACCAUUCGCAUUGGCCGCGUCAACCUGUCAUCGAUUGCUGCCAGUGGUAAACAGAAACAGAAGCAGGCCCUCAUCAAGCGAGAAAAGAAGAGACCCUUUGCUACUACCGGCCAUGCCUUGCGUUUGAUGGAGCGGAUUGCAGUGUGCAUUCACUUGACUGAACCUGUCUUGCUGGUGGGUGAAACAGGUACUGGCAAAACGACUGUUGUUCAACAUUUGGCCGACAUGAUCCAUCAAAACUUGAUCGUCGUCAAUUUGUCCCAGCAAUCUGACAGCUCUGAUCUCUUGGGUGGCUUCAAGCCUGUGGAUGGCAAGGUGCUUGCUAUUCCCAUGAAGGAGGAAUUUGAAAGACUGUUUGAAAAGACCUUUUCUGUUAAGAAGAAUGGCAAAUUCUUGGAGAUGGUGAGAAAGACCUUCAUUCAUCAGAAAUGGUCCAACUUUGUCACACUCCUGAAGCAAGCUGUUAAAAUGUCCCAGCAAAAAUUCGAAGCUGAGCAAAACGCCGAGAGCAAACGAGUGUCAGCACCUACUCUUCGCAAUGCCUGGAAGACGUUUGCCAAGAAGGUAGAGGAAUUCGAGGUGCAACAGGUGCAAUCACAAAACAAGUUUGUGUUUAAUUUCAUGGAGGGUUCUCUUGUCAAGGCUGUGCGUCAAGGUGAUUGGAUCUUGCUCGAUGAAAUCAAUUUGGCUACUACGGAAACGCUUGAAUGUCUGUCUGGCCUACUGCAAGAUGCUCACGGCUCUCUCUUGUUGACUGAGAAGGGCGAUGUGGAGCCCAUCAAGCGUCAUCCCAACUUCCGUCUGUUUGCCUGUAUGAAUCCCGCCACAGAUAUCGGUAAGCGCGAUCUGCCGCCUGGUCUUCGCAACAGAUUCACAGAGUUUUAUGUGCAUCCUCCUGACAACCGCUACGACGACCUCUUGCAAAUCGUCAAGCAGUAUCUUGUUGGCAUCGCUUCUGGCGACGAGAGAUCCUACGAUGAUGUCGCUGAAUUUUACAUGAGUGCCAAAAAACUGGCUGCAGAACACAAGCUGGUUGAUGGUGCUAAUCAGCGUCCUCAUUUCAGUAUGCGUACCUUGGCUCGUGCUUUGACCUAUGUUGCUCAAAUCUUCCCCGUGUAUGGCCUCAGACGCUCUCUUUACGAGGGCUUCUGCAUGACAUUCUUGACUCAGUUGGACAAGGAAAGUGAAGUGUUGAUGCGCGACCUCAUCUUCAAGACGAUUUUGCGUGGUGUUCAAAACCCUCAGAAUCUGAUUACUCAAAUCCCUCGUCAGCCCCAUGAAGACUUUAUUCAGUUCGGCUACUUUUGGCUGCAACAGGGUCAAUUCCCACCUGAAGACGAUACACGUUACAUUCUGACCAAUUCUGUUGAAACCAAGCUGUACAACCUGGCUCGCGUUAUCAUGUCCAGAAAGUUUCCUGUGCUGAUCCAAGGCCCCACAUCUGCUGGUAAGACGUCCAUGGUAGAAUACAUGGCUAAAAAGACAGGCCACAGAUUUGUGCGUAUCAACAACCACGAGCACACGGAUUUGCAAGAGUACCUUGGUACCUAUGUUUCCAACAAUGAAGGCAAACUGGUAUUCCAAGAAGGUGUCUUGGUGGAAGCACUUCGCAACGGCUACUGGAUUGUGCUUGAUGAGCUGAAUUUGGCCCCUUCUGAUGUCUUAGAGGCACUGAAUCGUCUCCUGGAUGAUAACAGAGAAUUACUGAUACCCGAAACCCAAGAAAUUGUCAAGCCUCAUCCUCACUUUAUGCUGUUUGCUACUCAGAAUCCUGCUGGUCUUUACGGUGGUCGUAAGGCAUUAUCAAGAGCCUUCCGUAACCGUUUCCUCGAACUCCACUUUGAUGAUAUCCCAGAAGACGAGCUGGAAACCAUCCUUUCAAAACGCUGUGCUAUUGCUCCUUCUUACUGUAAGAAGCUUGUCAAGGUGUACAAGGAACUCAUGGAACGCAGACAAAGCACCCGUAUCUUUGAGCAAAAGCACGGCUUCAUCACACUGCGUGAUCUCUUCCGUUGGGCUGGUCGUGAUCCUCAAGGCUACCAAGAAUUGGCUGAAAAUGGCUACAUGCUGCUAGCUGAAAGAUGUCGUAAAGACGAAGAAAAAAAGGUCGUCAAGCAGGUGCUGGAGCAGGUUAUGAAGGUCAAGCUCUCGGAAGAUGACAUGUACGACUGCAACAAUUUAGAGGAAUUCGCCAUCUAUGAUCGCAUGCUCAAGGAACACGCUGCCAAGACGGGUGAAGAUACCAAGCUGGUGUGGACCAAGGCCAUGCGUCGUUUGUUCAGUCUCGUUGCCCGUUGCUUGCAACACAAUGAGCCUGUACUGCUUGUAGGUGAAACUGGCUGUGGCAAAACCACCGUGUGUCAAAUGCUUGCCGAAACCUACAACCGUGAACUCCAUAUUGUCAAUUGUCAUCAGAAUACGGAAACAGGCGAUUUGCUGGGUGGUCAACGUCCUGUGCGCAACAGAGAAGCCAACGACGAUCCUGAAAAGCAGCAGCAGCUGUUUGAAUGGCACGAUGGUCCAUUGGUACAAGCCAUGAAGGAGGGCCACUUGUUCUUGCUGGAUGAAAUCUCGCUUGCUGAUGAUUCUGUCUUGGAGAGACUUAAUUCUGUGCUUGAGCCUAGUCGUCUCUUGGUGCUUGCUGAGAAGGGUGGUAAGCAUGUGGAAGAGUUGUACGGUGCUGCCAACUUUCAGUUCUUGGCUACUAUGAAUCCGGGUGGUGACUAUGGUAAAAAGGAACUCUCGCCUGCUCUGAGAAAUCGUUUUACUGAAAUCUGGGUGCCUUCUGUUACGGACAGAAAUGAUCUCAUCAAGAUUAUUGAUGAACAAAUGACACAUCCUGCUCUCAAGGGGUACAGCGCCAAGAUGCUUGACUUUAUUGCUUGGUACACACAAGCCAUUGGUCAGAGCCGCACGGUGGUAUCGCUUCGUGAUAUUCUCUCCUGGGUCAAAUUCAUCAAUGUCGCUGUCGACUCUGGUUUGAGUGCAGAGCUCAGUUUUGCUCAUGGUGGAUGUAUUGUCUUGCUGGAUGGCCUCGGCUCGCAUGGCUCAUCAGGCUCCUUUUUAUCUGGCCCUUUGCUCAAAGACUUUAGACUCAAGUGUCUUCGUCAUCUCUCUGGUAAGCCUCAUGCCACUGAGCUGGAGAUCUUGGGUGAAACCAAGGACAAGAUACACACUGCGAAUGACAAGUUUGCUAUCGGCCCCUUUGAGAUUCCUCGCGGUCAACUCGCCAAGACAGACAUCAAGUUUACCUUGCUGGCACCUACGACAGCCGACAAUGCCAUGCGCGUGAUUCGCUCCAUGCAACUCAAGAAGCCCAUUCUGCUUGAAGGUAGUCCUGGUGUGGGCAAGACUAGCUUGGUGUCUGCUUUGGCUGCUGCCUCUGGUCACAACCUGGUGCGUAUCAAUUUAUCUGAGCAGACAGAUUUGAUGGAUCUCUUUGGUUCUGAUCUUCCUGUGGAAGGUGGUAACAGCGGCGAGUUUGCUUGGAGAGAUGCCCCGUUCUUGCAAGCCAUGAAGGCGGGUGAUUGGGUCUUGCUGGAUGAGUUGAAUUUGGCCUCUCAAUCUGUACUGGAAGGUCUCAACUCGUGUCUGGAUCAUCGUGGUGCUGUCUACAUCCCUGAGCUGGAUAGAGAAUUCUUUUGUGCCAAGGAGUUCCGUGUGUUUGGUGCACAGAAUCCUCUGCAGCAAGGCGGUGGUCGUAAGGGUCUUCCCAAGUCCUUUGUCAACCGUUUCACGCAAGUUUAUGUGGAGCAGCUCACUUCAGACGAUCUCUUGUUCAUUUGCUCUCACCUGUUUUCUGAAUUCGAGCCUAGCACUAUGGCCAAGAUGAUUGAUUUCAACAACAAGAUGUAUGAAGAGACUAUGAUUCGCUGCAGCUUCGGUCGCAAGGGCAGCCCUUGGGAGUUCAAUCUGCGUGAUGUGUUCCGUUGGCUGGAACUGAUGCAAAAGGACCGUGUUACUGAUCCUGCCGAGUAUCUGGAUAUCAUUUACAUGCAGCGUAUGCGUACACACGAAGAUCGCGUUCAGAUUGUGCAAUUGUACGAGUCUGUGUUCCAGGUCAAAUAUGAUCGCCCUGUCCAGCCCCAUUAUCAAGUGACAGCCACCUCGUUCAGUGUGGGCCAUUCUCGCUUGCCAAGAAAACAAACAGGCAGCACCAUUGAUGUCUUUGAGCAUGAGGACCAUGUGCUGCAAUCUUUCCUGUCUCCUCUCCAGUCUCUCAUCAAGUGUGUUGAAUCCUCCUGGAUGGCCAUCGUAAAUGGCCCCUCUGCCUCAGGUAAAACCUCACUGGUGCGUCUACUGAGCAAGAUGACAGGCAACCGUUUGGAAGAAUUCGCCAUGAACAACAGUGUGGAUACGAUGGAACUCUUGGGUGGCUUUGAGCAGGUGGAUUUAAACCGUCAUCGCCAAGUUGUCAUAGACACGCUGCAUCAAAUGGUGAGUCAUGCCUCCAAGAAUCUGCUCAUGUACUUUGCUACCUUGGCCCCUGAGAGCGAGCAAUACGGCACUGUAUUGCAACUGAUUCGUCAGCUCAAUGACUCUUGGUACGCACUGGAAAGCAAACAGCACAUGCAAGUCAUGUCCACUGAUCUAGAAGCCAGUGAACUGGACUACACCCUAGUCUCCAAUGUCAUUCACUGCUUGAACUCUGCCUCUGUUGUGGAUUCUGAAGCCCAGGCUGCUAUUGAGGCUGUCUCUGUUGCCAUCCAAAACCUGCAAAGGUUGGAAAAGGACACGGUUGCAGGUAAAUUCGAAUGGAUUGAUGGUCUCUUGAUCAAUGCGCUCGAAAAAGGCUACUGGCUCCUAAUUGACAAUGCCAAUAUGUGUAAUCCCUCUGUGCUCGAUCGUUUGAAUCCUCUGUUUGAGAAUGACGGUGUGCUGAUGGUCAAUGAGCGUGGUCUUGUGGAUGGCACUGUCAAGGUCAUCAAGCCUCAUCCCAACUUCCGCAUGUUCAUGACAGUGGAUCCUCAGAACGGUGAGCUCUCGCGUGCCAUGAGAAACCGUGGUAUUGAAAUCUCUUUGGUGGACUCCAACUGGAACAAGAAUCCUCAAGAUGUUACUAAGCUUGCCAAUGCAUUGGGUGUGCGUGGUCCCAAAUUGCCUAUGCUUUUGAACACGCUGCAAGGAGAAGCCACUGCGCAACGAAGACAGUUUGUCAAAGGCGAAAAUGUGCGCGAUUACUUGUUGUUUGCUACUUAUCUGGUGGAGCGCUUGCAACGUGGCCAGUCGCUCAAGGUGGCUAUCAAGGAAUCCUUCUUCCAAGUGUUUGUUGAUAUCAAGGAGGCGCCUGAGGCUUUGGUUGCCUUGCUUGAAUCCAAUGUUGAUGAGGAUCUGUUGCAAACCAUGCUCUCGCCUACCAACUCACCCUUUUUGAUUGGCGGUCAGUUGCUGCAAGACGACUCUGUGCUUGCUACGGUUGCUCUCCAGGGCGCUUAUUUGGUCUAUUUGCUACAAACUCUGGAUACUGAAAAUCCUGAAUCUAUCAAGAAGGUCGAAAUUGCUGGUGAUUACUUUUUGGAGCACUUGUCCUACCAAGACUACGGUAUGCGUCUUCGUUGGUUGGGUUACAUGUCUCAACAAGCUGUGUCCACCAAAUCCACUGUGCUGGAGCGUCUCGGCUACAUCAUGAAGGAAGUGUAUGCUCACCCCAUGUUCUUGGAACUCUCCAAGAUUCAAUCUGAAAUGAAGGAGGGUAUUACCGCCAACGCUGCUGUGCUGGAAUACACGCGCAAUGCUUACCAUCUGCUUAUUCGCUUGCACAAGCAAGAAUACGCUGACAAGAAUAUGCGAAAUGCCACUCAACGUCUCAAGGUCAACAACUUGACUUCACUCCAGCAAUCCUACUGUUUCCAAGAAGGUCGUUUGACCGACAGCCAGUUAUUGCAUCCUGUGGUGGCCAAGUUGUAUCCUUUCUUUGAAUCUAUCAAGUCUGCUUUUGCUACCUGGAUCAAUCAAGGAUACUAUCACGCUUGCCCUUCAUCUACCUUUGAUGCUUUCAACAAGAUCCUGGAUUCCCGUGAUUACGCUUGGAAUUUGACUCAAUUGCAAAGCCUUAGUCUGGACAACUUGCUGAUUAUUUUGAGAAUCAUCAAGGAUCUUAUGUCGGCUGAUGGUGUCAAGUGUGUUCAAAUGGACCCUGUAUUUGCUCAUAUCGAGGACAUCAUGUCUGGUUUUGAUUUCAAUACCAGUAGAUCCAUGAAGGCCCUGUGGAAGUAUUUCUGUCCAUCCACGCUGUCCACUGAGUCGCUACACGAGUUGGAACAUGAGCUGCAUCAAAUCAAUGCUACUAUGAACGCCUACAAGUACGAUUCUGAAGAGACACUGGAGCCUCAAUCUCUCGUCUUGCGUGCCAAGAUGGAAGCCAAGGAGGCGCUUGUGGAGGGUAUUGCCACUCUGUAUGCUGUGGAUGAAAACGACACAGAGAACGCAGACAAAGUGAUGAAGUCACUUGGUAAACUACCCGAGUACAUCAGCCGUGAACUCGAAUCAUCUACCUCGAACAAAGCCUCUAUCCGACGCGACACUUAUUGGGACACUGCUUUGAUUCCUCUUUACGAUUACACCAGUGUUGUUACUGAAAUGGAGUUGAUUGCCAACUUGUACAAUGCCGCUUGUGAUGCCUCGGACAUGGCUGCCAUGGAAUCACUGGUGGAGCGCAUGCUCAAGUUCAGAAAGUUUGCUCUUGACAAGACAUCCCGACCUCCUCUUGAUAUGGUGCCUUACCAACGCAUGAUUUGGUUCUUGGACUCUGGUAACACUGCCAGCAUGGCUACCGCUCUUCCUGGUAUGGUGCAAGAUGCAGCCUACACUUAUCAUCAACGUUUGUGGCGCUCUAGUUUAUUCCAAAAGAAUCUCUUCCAAUUGACUCCCUCAGAGGAAGAAGUUGAUCUUGGUAUUACUGAAGGCUCUCUCAGUCUGUUUGAAAGCGUCGAGACACUGGCGUGCUUGAAUAUUUUGAGUUCUGUGGACAAGAUGCCUGCUGAUGCUUAUGAAAAUGCUCUUGCGCAAUUAAAGAACUUGAAGCACUUUUUGACGUCCAAUGUCAAUCUUAAGGACAAGAAGUCCCUUGAAGUUGUCAUGCUGAUUGCCAUGGCUCGUCAGUUGUUGAAUGCAUCUGCUCAGGUUAUUCCUCAAGAUCACUUUGAUGGCAUGUCUGCUGAAUUCAGCAAGAUUGCUUCAUUCAGCAACACGCAGUUGAAAUCCUCCAUCUAUUUCUCCGAAAACACCAGCGCUCAAUUCGAAGCUGCUGUAGACGUGUUGAAAAAUGUGAUCAAGAUGAUGCAAGCGAUUGACUUUAACGCCUACUACUCUGCUGCUGUUGCGGCCAUCUUGGACUCUGUGCGUUGUUUGAGAAGCAAGGAUCAUGCCAGCUUUUUUUCUGCUGCUGGUAAGGCGCGUGUAUUGUUGGGCUUGGCUUUUGUCUCUGCCUACAUUCCUGACUACCCCGUGGAUCCUACCUCUGAGCCGCGUCUUCACGUCAAUCUGUUGGCUACCAAGAAGAAGGAGCACGUCAACAAUAUUGAAGUCCGUACAGGCAUCGAAAAGCUGUACACUGGCAACACGACCAACCCAGACAUCAAGUCUCAACAAGCCAGCUUGGAUGCUGUCAACUACGAACUUGCUCAAAGUGCUACCAUCUUUUCGCUUCGUCCUGCCCAGUCUCAACUGGAUGACAUCUUUGUCGAUUUGCGCUAUCUGCAAAAAAGUAUGCUCGACAAGAAUGUGGAGAGCCUCUUGAAUGAUCUGGAAGUUAAUGGUGUUGAUUCUGUGCUGCAGCGUGAAGCUUUGUUGCAAGGCAAUGCUCUUCAGUUUGUUGACCGAGUGCACCACAAGUUCCCCCUGUACAGAGAUAUUCUGCAGCCUCUUGUUGUUGCUGUGGAUGAUAUCAAGUAUGGUUUGCGUAUCCUGACUGCCAAUGCUCGCAGGGAUGGUGUGGAUCACUUCUUGUCUGAGGUGAUUGAGCUCUUGGUGCGUGAUCCUGAUGUCUCUCAUCACUCGUAUGACCUUGACUGGCACACACUGGCUACACCUGACAAGAUUGCAACUUUGAAGCAUGUUGUGUUUGAAAGAGCACCUACCAGCAGAAAAUGGGCCUUUUAUCUUCGUCUCCUGAUUGUCAUUCUCCAGCGCCUCGUGAUUGGUGUCAAUACCAAUGCCUACAUGAAGACGGAUGAUCUUGUUUCUGUCAAUGUUCUGUUUAGUGAAAUCAUCCAAGUCUGGAAGUCUGCUGAAGAGUACAAGCGCAAGAUGGCUGUUGAAAAGGAAGCCUUGUUCAAGACGCGUGCCAAAAAGUACGAGCCUCCUACUGACGAAGAAUUGGAAGAGGAGGAUCUCAACAAGAUCUUUGCCAACUUCAACGAGGACUUUGCUGAUCUAGCAUUGGAGGACGAUGGACAAGCAAAGGCCAAGCCUGUGGUUCCUAGCAGUGUGGAAGAAGAGUCUGUGCUGGAUGAUGAGGAUAUCCAUCGUAUUGGCCAUCUCCAUCGUGUCUUGUUUGAAACUUACAGUCGCGAUGCUUGUGUUCGCUCUGACAAGUCCUGGGACCGCGAAGCUAUUCAAUCGUAUGCUGUUGCUAGUCAAUUAGCCUCCAUGGCCAACUCUGCCUUCAGUGACGCUACGGAUCGUAUCUGUAAUGCUGGCCAUCUUCGUGUUACCUCAUUGACUAUCAACCGUCUUGAAUCUGCCAAUUCGUUUGGUAUCACCAGUGACAACAUUUACGACUUUUAUCAAAGCGAGAACGUAGGUGAGGCCAAGCGCAUUGAGCCUAUUGUAAACCGCUUUAAGGCGCGUGUGGUGCAGCUGAUUGAACAAUGGCCCGAACAUGCUAUUCUGGAGCAACUGGUCGUCAUUUGUGAUCGCAUCUUGACCUUCUCCAUCUUGUCACCUGUGGCCAAGUUUUUGACAGGUAUCGAGCUGCUGCUGCAAAAGUCUGAGGACUGGGAAGCCUAUGCUGCCAAGCAUGUCUCGCUGAAGGAGCAACGUGAGGAGCUGAUCAGCCUGAUUGUCAGCUGGAGACAGUUGGAAUUGAACUGCUGGCCCAAGCUACUGGCUGCUCAAGAGCAAUACCAUCAGGACGCUGCUUUCAAAUGGUGGUUCCACUUGUACGAUACUGUUAACAACACUUCAUUUGACUCUGAGAAUGAAGAGGAGAAUGACAAGAAUACGCGUGAAUUGUUGGGUGCUCUGGAUCAGUUUGUACAGACUUGCUCCAUUAUUGAACUCGAGCCUCGUCUUAAGAUGAUUGACACCUUUUACCGUCAAACCAAGAUCCAGGCGCAACUCUCUACGUUUGAGGGCGAGAAGCUAAAUUAUGAGAGAACAGCUACCAUCUUGCGUAACGUCUACUUGUACUAUUAUCAGUUCCAGGAACAUGCCAACACCAUGCUUGCUCAAUUGCGUAAACCCAUUGAAAAGGAUCUCAAAGAUUUCGUCAAGAUUGCUACCUGGAAGGAUGUCAACAUCUACGCGCUUCGUCAAAGUGCUGCCAAGACACAUAGACAGCUCCACAAGUGUAUUCGCAAGUAUCGUGAAGUACUGAACAACUCCAUGCUGACUGUGAUUGCCAACUACAACGAGGAGCAUGCCAUGUUUCAAUACGGCGAUGAUAAGCGUUAUGCAAAGGACAUCAACCAAGGUCUUAUGGAUCAACUCUCUCAGCCUGCUGCUUGGAUUAGUGAUCUGGCUAUUCCAGAGCAAGUUGACUCUGAGUUUGACUGGUCUGGUGCUCCGCCUGCCAAGCAACAUUUGAGCAACCUCCAACUGACCUUGAACAGAAUGCGUCUCUACUGCCGCAAGGAUAUCUUUGUUGCUGAUGAUGAGAUCAAGGAGCUCCCUCUGGAGAACUUUAUGACUGAGACGAUUCAGCAAGUCAAGUACUUUCAAAAGGAAACACCAUCUAUCAUGACCGAUGAGAAUAAAUCGCUUGUCAAGAACCAGAAACUCCUCAAGAAGAAGGCCUUGGUCGACUUUUUGAAGGAACUGCGUCGUCUUGGCCUCAAGUCUCGUCCUGGCAAGAUGAAGGAGCAAAAUGCGGAUGUGGCUAGUCUCUUCCGUCAGCAAGUGGCUAAUCUGGAGUGUGUCAUUCAAAACAGAGACCUUCAAAAAGAGAAAUUGUCCAGUUACUCUUUUGCUUCUGCUGAUAUGAUGGAGCAAUGGCAAAAAGCAAAUGACUACUACUACCGUUGUAUUGCUCGCAUGACGCAUUUGAGAACCAUCAGUCUUACCAAUGUCAGCAAGGAUCUCUCGAUGCUUGAGGUGGAACGCUCUCUUAGUGCUACUGAACACAUGUUUUCUCUGGUGGGCAAGGAGCGUCAUUUGAUGGCUCGCUUUGAAGAACGCAUGCAAGUACUCCAAGGUGCUGCUGUCCAACUGGCUUCCUUGUACGAUGCUUUCUCUCAAGGCCAGCCUAUUGCCAAUGAUGCCGAACUGGGAUGCCGUCUGACCAAUCACAAGGUUCACAUCGACAAGCUUGCCUUGUUCCUGAACCAAGCUGUUGCUGUCAUUACGCUUCAGGCUGGCUCUGUUGGUCAACAAACUCUGAAGGAUCUACAGUCCAUGUGUCGUGAUGUCCAAAAGAUGCAAAAGACGGUUGAUUACUGGUUUGUCCAACGCUACCUAUACCCCAGAGCUGCUACUGGUCUCUCCUUUUCUUUACUCUCUGCUGAUGUGGAAGCAUUGAUGGAUGCUCAUGCUGAAAAGAUCGAUCUGAUCCAUACUAUGCUGGUGUCUGCCAUGCAAGUGCUGCCCCAGUCAAGUCAUGUCCUAUUCCCUAUUACUCAAUUCAUUCAAAGCAUGCAACGUACUUCUACUGCAAGCUUACUGGAAGAGCAAAACAACACGGACGCUACCUUGAUUGAGUUACGCGAAAAGAUGUAUGGCCUCAUUGAUGCUACCUUGGUCUCUAUUCAAGACCUCAAAAAGGCUAAUACUUCUGCCACUAAGCCCAAGUCAAGUCUUACUGAGGAUGGUCAAGAUAAGGAGGAAGAGACUGAAAGCAUGGGUCAAGACUACAUUCGUCAUCAAAGCGCCAAACAAGCUGCUCUUGUAAGUGCACUCCACCUUGAAGCUGCUGUCAAGCGCUGUGUGGAGGUGUUGACGAUGGCUCACCAAGUCGCUAUUUGUGCUUCCUCGGCUGCCCCCAAACAAGAGUUAUCUCGCUUGCUGCAAGAGAUGUAUCCUUUCCUUCAACAGUAUAUGCUCAUUGUGCAACACACACUGAGCAAGAUGCUGAUGCAUCACAAGUCCAUGGCCAAGAUGACCUAUUGUCUUGUCAAUACGUUCAGUAUCAUUAUUACCAAAGGCUUUUGUAUGCCUGCUGGUGCUGAUGAUGGUGAGGAGGGCGAUGCUGACGGUACCAUGACGGGCACUGGUAUGGGCGAAGGUGAAGGCAACAAGGAUGUCAGUGAAGAAAUUGAAGAUGAAGAACAAGUCCUUGGCACUCAGAAUGAAGAGCGCAACAAUGAUGACAAGCAGGAUACCAAGGAGGAGAAGAAUGGCAUGGACAUGGAGAAUGACUUUGACGGCAAUCUCGAAGACAUUGAGCAGGAUGACGACAAGGAAGAAGACGACUCGGACUCUGACUCUGAUGAAGAAGACCCUGAUGAGCAGAUUGGUGAUGUCGAUGACAUGGAUCCUGAUGCUGUUGAUGACAAGAUGUGGGGUGAUGAAGCUGAAGAGAACCUCAAGGAGAGCGACAAGACGGUUGAAGAUCAAGGUAACCAAGAUCAGCAACAAGAGUCUGAAAUUGUUGCCAAAGAAGAGGAGGAUCAGCAGCAAAACGAUGCCAAGGGUGAGAAGCCAGAGAAGUCCGACAAGAACGACAAGCAGCAAGAGGCUGACGGUGAUGAAGGCGAUGGUGAUGAAGAGAUGGGUGACGAUGAGAAUCAAGGCAGUGGCGAUGAAGACCAACAAGAGGAUGAUGCUGAAGGAGAGGGCCAAGAUGAAGAUGACGUAGAGAACAAGCCUGGUGAGCAGUUGAAUGCUGACAUUCCUGAAGCCGAAACUCUUGAACUGCCUGAUGAUUUGAACAUGGACGGUGAUGAUGAUGAUAACGGAGAUAAAGAAAGCCAAGAGGGUCAAGAGAUGAAUGAUCCCAUGGACAUGGAUGAGCAGCCUGCCAAGGGUGAAGAAGAGCAGCUUCCUGAAGAGGAUGAAAAUGCAGAAGCCUUCCAUGAUGCUUUGGAUGACGUCGACCAAACACCUCAAGAAGACGAAGAAAUGGCGGAUGCCUCUGCUCAAAUGGACACUGAGCAAGGUGAAGGUGAAGAACAGGAUGAGGAGGAGAACAGUGAAGACAAGGAAGAGAAUGAAGAACUGGCUCCUGAAGUGGGUGACUCUGAACAGCAACAAAAGAGUGGUCAAAUUGAAGAGGAUGAUCAAGGUGAAGAAGAGAACAAGGCUCAAAACAGAGAGCAGCCCAACAGUGACGCCACUGCUGACAACCAGUUUGGUGUUCAAGGUGAAUCUGGCAAACAAAGCAAGAGCUCUGCUGGCAAGAAGGAAGGUGAAGAUGACACUGCUGAUACCAACGAAAAUGCCGAUGAUGACACUGCUGAAAAGAAGGAGCAAAAGGGUAAAUCCGAACGUGGUGCUAAUCAAGCUAAUGAAGAAGAAGACCAAGAUGCUGACAAUGAACAAGGCGAUCAAGAUGACCAAGAUCAAGAAGCCAAGGAGGCACAGUCCAACCCUCAAAGAAGCUUAGGUGAUGCGCUUGAAAAGUGGCGUAGACGAUUGGCUGAUUUAGAUGAUGCCACUGAAGAAGAAGAUGAUGAGGAUGCUGACAAGGAAAAGAAGACGGAGGAUCAAGAUACUGAACAGGCUCAAGUCAAUGAAGAGGACUCGUUUGAGUAUGUCAAGAAUGAUGAAGAUGCUCACGAUAUGCAGACCAUGGGUAAUGCUCAGCCAGAUCAAGUCCAGGAUCUCAAGAUGAGUGGUAUGGACGAAGAGAAAGAAGACACCAAAGAAACCUCUGGUGAAAUGGACGUAGAUCAACAAGCAGACGAUGUGGAUACAAUGCCUUUGCCUCGUGAUACUCUAGAAAUGUCUGGCGCUACUGAUGUGCAAGGUGCUAUUUUGAGCAAAAAAUUGCCUGAUCAGCAGCUGGUGGAUGAAGCCGAAGUCUUGACGAUGGACGAAUCUGUGGUCGCUCGUGAACCUUUGGAACAAGAAGACAUUGAGCGUAUGAGAGAUGAAUUGGAGACUCAAGUAUCUGACUGGAGAGAAGAAGGCCGUGAUAUUAACAAGGCGCGUGAACUUUGGCAAGGCUAUGAAAACUUGACGCAUGAUCUUGCCAUGGGAUUAUGUGAACAGCUUCGCUUAAUUCUUGAACCUACCUUGGCCACUAAAUUGAAGGGCGAUUAUCGUACUGGUAAACGUCUCAACAUGAAAAAGAUUAUUCCAUACAUUGCUAGUCAGUUCAAGAAGGACAAGAUUUGGUUGCGUCGUACCAAGCCUAGCAAGCGUCAAUAUCAAGUCAUGAUCUCUGUGGAUGACUCCAAGUCCAUGUCCGAAUCUCACUCUGUUCAACUUGCUUAUGAAGCUUUGUCUUUGAUCUCUAAAGCAUUGUCGCAGCUUGAAGUAGGUGAUAUCUCCAUCACAUCCUUUGGUGAGCGAGUUCGUUUAUUGCAUCCAUUUGAUCAGCCAUUCACUGCAGAAUCUGGUGCCAGUGUCAUCCAGCAAUUUACUUUUGCCCAACAAAAGACCUAUGUCAAGAACUUGAUUGAAACCUCUAUCGGCUUAUUUGACAGUGCUAAACAUUCUUCUGGCCCUGCUAACGCUGAACUCUGGCAACUGCAACUGAUCAUUUCUGAUGGUAUCUGUGAAGAUCACAACACUUUGCGUGCUCUUGUCCGAAGCGCAUUAGAUCAACAAAUUAUGAUGAUUUUCAUCGUUGUAGACAACAAGCCUGAGAAAGAUUCCAUUCUGAAUAUGACAAAUGUAAAGUAUACUAUCAAGGAUGGUAAAUAUGGUAUUCAGAUGAAUCCCUAUCUUGAAACUUUCCCAUUUCAGUACUUUAUGGUCUUGCGUGAUAUCAAUUCGCUUCCUGAAGCUUUAUCUGAUGCUCUUCGUCAAUAUUUUAGCUUUGUAUCUGCUUAG